UGGCAUUUAAUUAAGUUUUUGCUCGCUCGCGGGAAACUAUCUCGGAACUUCACUCGGAUCUUAAUUCGCUUACUUUAGAUAUCGUGUAUCUUCCUACCGCGGCUUCCCCCUAUCCCUCCAGGAGAUACCGUUGCAACUAGCAGUUUGUGAGAACGUUCCCGCCGGGCACCACAGAAACACAUUCCGCGCCGUACUGUAGAGCGUACACCAGCAAAGAACAGUUAACGAAAAGAAACGCUAACCCGGAAGUGCUCUUACAGAUCUCGUCCGAACGGGGUCAGCAAGUGUUUGCUGGCAGAAAGUUUCAUACAAACAGUGGUGUGUCCGCGGGGAACCCGUCAUCAGCACACAGCCGUAGAAAGUUUAAAGUUCCCAAGCACACUACACCGCGUCUACUGUGCUUCGCGCUCGUAGCAGAAUGUUCCGCAAGUCGAUCCUAUCCGUAGCCGUCAUUUUCGUAGCAAUAUGGGCCACCACUCAGGCACAAGAGCCCGAUGCGUCAAGCGGUGGUGCUGGGCUUACGCUGGAGGAGCAGGCAGCUCAGUACAAGUCGACGGUACUGCUGGUGUUGGCGAACCGUGCCACCAGCCUGCCGGCGGAGAGUGCACUCGCGGUGGCUGCCGUACUGGAGGAGGCCAGCCAGCAGCUGGACGCGUGUGGCGCCGGGCUGGCAACGCACCAACAAAUCUGGCAGUACAAGAUGUGCGGUUCGGCCGUACUGCAGCAGGGACUGGCGACGCUGUCCGCGUUGCAGGCUGCUAGUGGUGCUGCUCCGAGUGGGACAUUCUAGAGGAUAGCUUGUGGAGGUUCGCAGUAGUUUCGGGUGAUGGGCUUUCGGAAGAUAAUAAAGAGUUGUUUGGUUAAUUUUCUUGA